GGCAACAUCGGGUUGACUUCACCGGCAGCUGACUUCUCAUGUAACCAUUUCGUUAUAAACAAGCAAUUUAAGUGAUCCGAAAUUGGGGAAGUGCCAUGCUAGAAUUUGGUCGAACAUUGCUGCGCUGGAGAACGCGGCACUGCAGUCGCAGAGUCUCUACGUGGACGCCGCUGGCUACGGCGUUUAAUGCGCCACCGGCUAGGCGGAUCAACUUCACCCACGACGAUGUUGGCCUCUUUGGCAUGCCCGAACUGCGGAGUUUUGAGGGCUUCUAUCUCCUUCGAGACAAUGUGGAAAGCCGGACGCAGGAGCUGAUCUCCGAGGCCACCUCCGAUCAACGACGUCGAAAGAUGGUCGACAUUUUUGACGAGCUUUCUGACUCAUUGUGCAAGGUGGCGGACCUCGCAGAGUUUGUUCGUAUCGCGCAUCCUCAGAGCAGAUACACCCAAGCAGCAGAGCAGGCCUGCAUAAGCAUUUGCGGAAUGGUCGAGAGCCUUAACACGCAUAAGCCCAUCUAUAAGGCUUUAAGCCACGUAGUGGAUCAUGGAGAUAAGCUGCCCACCAGCGAAGUGGACAGACAUGUGUCGCGUUUGUUCCUUUUCGACUUUGAGCAGUGUGGAAUUCACUUGCCCGAGGAGGAACGUAUGCGUGUUGUGCGGCUAAAUGACUAUAUUCUUCAGCUCGGCCAGAAGUUCAUGAGUGGAGCUGUGCAACCUAGUGUUCUUCCACGCAGCCAAGUCCCUGAGUCCUUUCGUAACUACUUUCCUACCUCUGGGGAAAAUGUAAUUAUCACUGGACUGUGCACAAACGCAGAGAACGUUCAGAUGCGGGAGGCUGCCUACCGGUUGUACCUGCAGCCGUCAAAGAGCCAGGAGGAUCUUCUCCGAGACCUACUGCUUUGCCGGCAUGAACUGGCGCGUAGCUGUGGCUUCGAUACAUAUGCACACCGGGCACUCAAAGGUAGCACGAUGGAGAAACCCGAAGUGGUACGAGAGUUUAUCGACGAGCUGUCGGAAAAGCUGCGACCGCGCGCAGAUUGCGAUUUCGCCCUGAUGUCACAAAUGAAACGCCGUGAAGGCGGGAAGGCGGAUGCAAGAGCCGAAGUUUGGGAUACGCCGUAUUAUACCAACCAGCUGAGGCGGCAAUUAUUUGAGGAGCACGCCAACGAGUUCCUGCCAUAUUUCUCUCUUGGUGGUUGCAUGGAAGGUCUGGACAAUUUGCUACACGCGCUUUACGGUAUCCGUUUGCAGAACACAGAUUUAAAGCCAGGCGAGGCCUGGCACAACGACAUCUACAAGCUCGCCGUUGUCCACGAGAGGGAAGGACUGCUAGGCUACAUUUACUGUGACUUCUAUGAGAGAGUGGGGAAGCCAAAUCAGGACUGUCACUUCACCAUCCAGGGCGGCAAACGUAUGCCGGACGGCUCCUACCAGCUCCCCGUGGUGGUGGUCAUGCUGGGUCUAGCGCAACCGCGGUGGAGUGGACCGACGCUUCUGUCACCAGCGCGAUUGGACAACCUGUUUCACGAAAUGGGUCACGCAAUGCAUUCGAUGCUAGCUCGCACCGAGCAUCAGCAUGUGACGGGAACGCGCUGUUCCACGGACUUCGCUGAGGUCCCCAGUGUGCUCAUGGAGUACUUUGCGGGCGAUCCCCGUGUGUUGCGAACCUUCGCCCGCCACUUUCAGACCCACGAACCCAUUUCCGAGGACAUGCUAAGACGCCUGUGUGCUUCCAAGAAUCUGUUCGCCGCUAGCGAGACCCAACUUCAGGUUUUCUACUCAGCGCUGGACCAGGAAUAUCACGGAGCAUCGGCGCGGCAUGGCCAAAGCAGCACAGACACCUUGCGCUCAGUACAGGAUCAUUACUACGGACUUCCCUACGUAGAUAACACUGCGUGGCAACUGCGGUUUUCCCACCUAGUUGGCUACGGAGCCAAGUAUUAUGCCUAUCUUGUUUCGAAAACAAUCGCUUCCUGGAUCUGGCAGACGUACUUUGAAGCCAACCCAUUCAAUCGUCAGGCUGGUGAGAAAUAUCGGGCCGAAAUUCUGGCCCACGGAGGAGCAGUUCCCAGCCGUAAGUUGGUGGCCAACUUUCUGCAGCGCGAGAUGACACCCAGUGUUUUGGCCGACAGUCUUAUCACAGAGAUUGACACCGACGAGUCGAAAAUCAAAGACCUUAUGAUAACAAGAACUUAAUACAACAAACAAAUAACAGCUCUCUUCUAAU